AUGAGCUCAGUGGAGAAGCGCCAUGGCAACGGCCGUCGCGGGAGCGGGCCGCGUCUGUCGGACGCCUUCAGCGACUCGUCCGGUUCCGGAAGCUUCCUGGACGACACGGACCGCGAGGUCAGCAGCCUGACGGAACGCGCCUUCCGCUCACUCUGCAUCGGAGACGAGGCCGUCUACAGCGACGCCCACUUAGGCUCCUCCCCCCAUGAGCGCCAACGGGCCUUCACCCAAGAGGCCGCCGCCCACUCCGACGCCGCCACCACCGCCCCCAACAAGCAGGCGGCCAAUGAGACGCUGCCGCUCACCGCCGGGGGGUGCGGCCCGGAGUUGUCCGGAACAUUCCAGGGCUGGCUGGCGGAGACGACGCUGACUCAGCAACAGCAGCAGCAUCAGCAGCAGCUGUCGUAUCUUAGCAACGGCUCCACGGAGGUCGCCUGGCAACAGAAGCGCAGCACAUCGCGCGUCUCCUCCCUCAUCAAGGCCUUUGGCGGCGGCGGUGUUGGUGUGGUCGGGGGCGACGGCCUCUACGACCCCAUGAUCGCUGACGCCAUGGUCUCCGAGGCCUGGGACCGGUCAGCCCUGAUGAGUCUGCACCACGAGCUGGCCGACUUCUCCGUCUACCAGCAGGGCUUCCGCAACAUGGCAGACGCGGAGGAAGUGUCCGGAAGCUUCCUGCGGACGGGCAAGCUGAAGGCCAGCGGCCGGUUCCACGCGCUGAGUUCCACCAACAUGUUCCUGCACAGCGAGUCCAGCCCGUUCCGCGCGUGGAGCGACUACAAGCGCCUCAUGUACCACCAGAACGCCAUGGCGACAGCGGUGGCUGUCGGGGAGAACUUCCCCCGCUGGUACGACUCGCCGCUCUACAAGGAGCUGACCUCCGCCGCCCCGCCGCCCCCUCAGAGGUCGCAGGGUCAGAGGUCACAGCGGCUCGCCGCGGAGGACUGGGCACAGCACACACACGCUCACACACACACACAAGGCGGUGGCAUUACCACGCAGAAGGCCUGGGCUGUGGAGAAGCGCUGUGAGUCGGAGAUGACCGCCAACGGGGCGCCAUGGAAACGCAGCGGAGGCGGCGGGGGAGGGAGGAGCAAGCUCCCGGGACUCCGCCCCUCCACCGUGUCCCCGAGCGCCGAGCAGCAGCGACGCCCCAACUCUGCCUUCGUCACCACGGCAACCAGAGGGGCGGAGCCACCGCUGUGCCCAUCCGUCAUGGCCGACGACCUGUUGCCUAGCAACACCGCCACGCCCUUCAGCAUCUCGCAACUGCUUACGCCCGUGCUGCCCGCGGCCCGCCAAGGCACAGACACCUCGGAGGUGCUGCGCGGCGGGACGACGCUGUCGCCCCCGGCAACAGAGCUGGAUGCGAUGGAGGCGGUGGAGAUGCAGCAGCAGCAGCGCUCCCUAGUGGAGGUGAGGCAGGUGCGCGCGGACAGCUACAAGGCCCGCGCCUCCAGCCUGCUCUUCAACCUCAAGGACAACCGCAAGCGCGUCAAGAGCACCUACAGCCCCACGCGCUUCAGGGGCGCCGAGGUCACCGACCGCAGCCGCCAGCCCUCGCAGAUGGACGCGCCGCACUCUGACCACGCCCCCCACUCUGAGCACGCUCAGUUGCCGCCCGCCGAGGACAGCACUGCUAACAGUGCUAUGCUAAUUCCCCAGAUACCCAGCACUGAGCUAGCUGCCCCCUCUGAGCUACCUGCCCCCUCCCCACCCCAGGACCCUGCGGGUGAGGUGCCCGCACCCCUAAAGCCCUCGCCCCCCGCUGCUGAGGCCACUAUUGCCCCUCUGCCCCCAGGCCCUCUUCUGAGGCCCAGCACUGAGGAAUUACCCCCCACCACAAUUGCCCCAGAGGGGGGCAGUGAUCCAAUCCUGGCCCCUCCUGUUGCCCCUGCCCGACACAAAGACUUGGCUGAUACCAACGGAAGGACCCAGGUCAUGGGCACUGCCCAUAAAGAUGCCACCAGGAGCCUCAGUGCCAACCCCGACUCCACCGUGGGCAGGUACGGCUGGAGCCAGCAGCCCCCGGGGUGGCAUCAGGCGGCGGGUGCCAGCGGUGUGGGUGGCGAGGGCAGAGGGGGGGUCCAGGCUCCGCAGGGCAGAGGGGAGAUCGCUGCUCUGAUCGAGAAGGACAGAGAGAGAAGAGGCGCACUCAAGCAGGACGAGAGAGACAGGAGUGUGAGGAUGCAGGAGGACAGGAGCAGCUACAACAGCAGGAGCUUGUCUAGACAGGAGCAGAGUAAGGAGUAUAGCUCCGCCCAGAGUAACAAGGGUCAGGAGUAUAGCUCCGCCCAGAGUAUUAAGGGUCAGGAGUAUAGCUCCGCCCAGAGUAUUAAGGGUAAGGAGUAUAGCCCCGCCCAGAGUAACAAGACUCAGGAGUAUAGUUCUGCUCAGAGUAAAAAGAAUCAGGAGUAUAACUCCGCCCAGAGUAAAAAGAAUCAGGAGUAUAGCUCCCAGAGUAACAAGAAUCAGGAGUAUAGUUCUGCCCAGAGUAACACCAGGAAUCAGGAGUAUAGCUCCUCCCAGAAUAUUGCCAGGAGUCAAGAGUAUAAUCCUGGCCUGCAGGCUUCUUCAACACAGCCACUAUACACAGCCAACGACCGGCUAAACACAAGCAAGCACAUCACAGCCAACGACAAGCUUAAUGUAAACAGCCAACCCAAAGACAGCAGCAGUCAGCCUCCUGUCGGUAGACAGCCCACAAAUAACGGCCAGCCAACAAAGAAGAGCCUGGACUACACUACAACUGCGCCUGCCCCGCCACACCAACCAAAAGCUCCCAACCAGCCAAGCAAACAGCUCGAAGACCAGCUGCCCACUAACUAUCGAGACGUUCAGACGCCCACCAAGACAGCUCAGGACUUCAGCACAGCACAGCAGCAACAGCCAGUGACCAGCAACCAGUCCAUCAAGCAGCCAACAGCCAAUCAGAGCCAGUCUCUGGCCGAUAAGCAGCCAACAGCCAAUCAGCAGCUUCCAGUCAGUAAUCAAUCCUCUCUCAGCAAGCAGCCAGCAGUUGCCAAGCAACCAGCAGUAACUAAACAGACAACUGUAAACAACCAGCAACCAAUAAGUAAACAGGAAACAGUAACCAACCAGCAACCAGACAAGCCUGUGGUAGCCAAGAAACCUGUAGUAAGCAAUGCCCAACCCAUAAACCAGCCAUCAUUUAUCAACAGCCAAUCUACUGUCAGUAGCCAGCAGGGUAUAUAUAGCCAACCUCCAAUCAGCAGCCAGCAGGGACUGAAGGGCCAACCACCAAUCAAUAGCCAGCAGGGAGUGAAGAGUCAUUUAACAACAGCAAACAACCAGGAAGCUGCUGUCACUAAACCACAAGCAGCCAUUAGUGAUCAACACAAUAGCAAACAAACACUAGUCAGCAGCCCCCAACCCAUCAAUGCUAAAGUGGACUCUGUUGAUAAGCACCCUGAACCGGCUGCCAAGCAACCGCCAAUCAGCAGCACACAGACCCCGCUACUCAACCCCCCACUCACAUCCAAUCAGAAGCAGCCAUACGCUCCAUACACAACCAAUCAGAAACAGGUGAAUGCUCCACACACAGCCAAUCAAACUCAACAGGUAAACCCUGUGGUACCAGCCAGUCAGAAUCUGCCAAAUCAUCCAUUCACAAUCAAUCAGAGACAGGCCGGUUAUCCACUCAUAGCCAAUCAGAAUCAACAACUCAACCCUCCAUUUUCAACCCCACAAUAUCAACACUUGAACCCCACUCUCACAACCAAUCAGAAACAGAUAAACCCCACUCAAACAGCCAGUCAGAAACAGACAAACCUUACUCUCACAGCCAAUCAGAGUCAACAGCCAAAUCUCACUCCCCCUGCCCCUACAACCAGUCAGAAUCCACAACCUCCCCAGGAGCUAAUGGCAGGGGAUGCAGAUGAGGCAGGGCGGGGCCUAUCACAGCCAAUCAAAGAGGAGCGUUUCAGCAUCAGUGACAUCCUGUCCAUUCGAGACAAGGAGCUGAUGCGUCGCGAGCGUCUGAAGGAGCUUCGUUUAGCCCUGAGUGACCUCACACAGCCAUCCAAUCAGAGAGGCUCGGAGCACACACCAGACAGGAAGAGCGAUACACACGCCGUAAAGGAUGCUGGGGCAGCUGUCAGCAGCCAAGGCACAGAGGCAUCUCCCAUAGGUGGGAGAGAGAGGUCUGUUGCGAAUGGAGGACUCCCACAGAAAUACACAGAGAUGCCACGGAACCCUGAGAUGAAAGAGUGGUAUGAUCAGGGUGUGAACGCCAGACGAGAGUCCGCUGACAGAGAGAAGACAGCGGGCAAAAUUAUCUCCCUCAAGGAGCGAGCCCAAACAAAACAAGAGCUCCUGACGUCCAAAGUGAAAGCACAUGCUCAGAAAGAGAUCUCGGCCCUGAAGGAGAAGGGCUUCAUGUCCAGAAACGCCCCCAAACCACCCCCUGCAGUAGCCAGAGAGAAAGGGCCUGAACAACCUCCACCCGUGAAGAAGGAGAUCACCGCUGACAAACUAAACCACCUGUUCAAAGAUCUCACAAGGUACGGAGAGCCCAAACAACUGGAACCGGAGGUGGAGGACACAUGGCAGGACGGUUCUAAUACUGAAGUCUUAGAACCGUCAGCUUCAGCAGCACUGACCAGUGACCCGCGGCCAGCACAGCCUCCUCCGGUGGCCAUGGCAACAGUUACCAACGCCACAGUGGAUAUGGCCGUCAACAACCCAGGUCAACCAAAUGUCGUGAAGGACACACAUUCUCCGAAAGAGCGAGAUGCAGCAAGGCCGCAUCCCGUGUUAGGGUCUAAAGCCCCAGGUGCAGGAGGUCUGGGUGGGGAGGUCAAGCCAGCGGUUCCUCUUCAGGCUAAACUCAGUGCUGGAGAGUCACUCUUACCUGCCCAGACACCUGUGGGAGCAGCUCGCGUCCAGCAGCCUGUGGGAGCAGCUCACGUACCUGUCCAGCUCGGGUCAAACCCUGUGAAGGACACACAUUCUCUCAAAGAGAGAGAUGUGGCAGUACCACAUCCCACAUCUAAGUCAGCUGUUUCCCUCCAGGCUAAACCUGUGGGAGCAGCCCAGACAGCUGUGCUUUCCCGUGAAACUCAGGAGAAACAGGAGACUGGAUCCAAUGCCGAGCAGAGUAGAGGUGUAGAGAAGGCCGACAUGAGUGGACAGCACCUUGCCCAGAGCGAGCUGAGAGCCAAACACAACACACCUGCAUUCGCACCUGAGGCUGAGCUGUCUCCGGCACAGAGAGACACCAAGGGGCAUGAGGGGAAAGACCCAGGAACAAAUGAGAAAGAGCCGACACAGGAAGGGUUGUCUCCUGCUUCAGGACGGAAAGAGAUCUCCAAUACCAGAGCCAAUGCAGCCAAGGAAAGUACUGAAUCUGGCAUCAAAGGAGGUGAUAGGGAGCCUGCUAAAGAACAGGGCCCACUGAACAAGAGGAUGCCCUCUGAACCCAAACAGGGGGAGGCAGGUAAACCAGCUGACACCACCAGAAAUGCUAAUGAAGCUGGUCAAAACAACAAUGAUAAACACAAUGUGAAAGACACAGCAGCAUCUAAGAAGAACCAGGCUUCUAAAUACAUGGACGCAGGAAACAACGGCAAAGAGAAUGAGACAGCUAACCAGUCAAAACCUGGAGUCACUAAAUCCUUGCCCAUACCUGUCCAACCAAAAGCUGAGACUGUAGAAGCUUCACCUUUGACCCUUCAGCAGCAAUGUGCAGAGGAAGAGAGGCCACAAAAAGGAACAGAUCAAAUGUCUAAUCAGAGCAAGUGGAAUGAAUCUAAUGACCAAUCAACUCCAGCAGAUCAUGUUCCGCUCAAAGCCCAUCUCUCAGAGAAACCUGAGAAGACCGCCACGGACUCCGUCAAGGUGGAAGGAACCGCUGAUGCCAUCAAAGCGGAUACAGAGGAGACCAGUGAGAAAGCGUCAGAAGGUGGUAGUGACGGAGACGGCAGCAGUGACAGCGGGGCAUUCUUCCUGGAGAUCCAGUCAGUUAUCGGCUAUGUGAAACCACCCAGUGUCUGGGUAGAGGAGAUCAGAGAUGGACAGCACAGCAGGCAAGUGCCCUCUGAGAUCAGCACUUCUCAAGAGGAGAAACGUCAGGAGGAACCCAAACUAGAACAGCAGAAAGAACAGCAGAAAGAACCACAGAAAGAACUGCAGAAAGAACAGCAUAAAGACCUAAAGAAAGAAGAGCAUAAAGACCCACAUAAAGAACCCAAACUAGAACAGCAGAAACAAGAGCAUAAAGACCCACAUAAAGAACCCAAACUAGAACUGCAGAAAGAACAGCAUAAAGACCCAGAUAAAGAACCCAAACUAGAACAGCAGAAAGAACAGCAUAAAGACCCUCAGAAAGAACAGAAUAAAGAACAGCAGGAAGAACACAACCAAAAGCAGCAAACAGUACCUCAGAAAGAACAGAAUAAAGAACAGCUGAUAGAACACAAGGAAGAACAGCAGAUUGAACAAGAGGAAGAACAGCGUAAAGAACAAGAGAAGGAACAGCUCAUAGAACACAAGCAAGAACCAAAGCAAGUACAGCAGAAACAACCCAAAGCAGAACAUCAACAGGAGCAACAGAAAGAACGCAAGCAAGUAGAAGAGAACGUACUCGUGCCAGAAGUUAGAGAGAAGAUUAUCGGCGAAGGUGAAAAAACAGAAGGAAGCCGUGCUGGGCCACAGAUUAUUAAGGAGGGGGAGACCCCCAAGAAGGAGAACCUUGGCAAGCACUCUGAGGAGGGGAGUGAGUCUGUAGGUCUGAGGAUGAGAGAGGCUGAGGCUGCUAUGUGGAGUGCAGAAACACACACCAUGGAGCAGAGGCGCUCACAUACACCCCACAGUUUGAGUGCAUUUGGAAACACCACAGAAAGGAGCCGAGAGAAAACACACACCUCAGACUCAGCCUCAGAUCUCAAACCCUCAGAGAUCUCAACCAAAAGGGACACUUCGGAAUCUAAACCUAUUACAGAUGCCUCUCAAUCUAAACAUGCUGCAGAUGUACAGACAUAUAGAUCCCUCUCCACUACCACUGAAGCUACUGCUCCGAUACCUACUGCAUUAACAUCCAAGAAUCUUGGAGAUGCCCCUAACCCUAAAUUCACCACAGAUGUUCAAACUGUAACCCAGAAAACAAGAGGAAAAGCUGACCCUAACCCCACUGCAGAUGUCAAAGAUGUCACACAGGAGAAAAGAAGAGACUCUGGAGGUUCCGUAAACUUUAAACACCCUGCAAAACUCAGAGAUGAAACACAGACAAGAGGAGAAGCCCCUGAAUCUCAAACAACAACACAGGAAACACAGAGAACUAAACAGGAUGCUCAUGGAUUUAAAAAGAAUAUUGCAGCCCAGAAAGUUGAACCUCAGAGUAUCUCAGCAGAUUCACCAGCAGGAUCUGAACCUACAGCAAAGCUUAGGAUCACAGCGGGGCAGCAGACAGGCUCAAAACCUGCCCAGGACCCCGCCGUGGAGCAGGCAGCACGUACAUCCACCAGAGAGAGAGCUGGAGACACUACGGAAUCCCGUGCUGGUGUCAAAAGCCCUCCCGACCACAGGAACACAAACGCUGACCCACAGAGACGUCCGACAGAGAGACUAGAGGUGACUAAACCCAGCAGGCCAGCAGGGGGCGAU